UGGAAGUACGAAAUCUUGGCCGAUAUUUUUCCCCUGACAAGAUCCCUUCGUAACGGCGGGAGUGGAGGAGGGGCUAUGGCUUCGCUUUCCCGAAAGCUCUCAUCUUUCUCCCUUCUUGAUGGUUCCCGAGCUCUAACUUUCUCUGUUUCGAUCCUUCUCGCAUCCCUUUUAAUCUCGGGUUUGGAGGUGGGAAGUGGAGAAGAUGGAGGAGAUGAACUGUUUCCAGCGAUUCUGAGGGACGAGGCAGUGUCUAGAAUUAAUCAGCUAGGCAAGAUAUCUGAUGCUGAUGGUUAUCUUGAAAGAACAUUCCUAAGUCCAGGCUCUAUAAGAGCUACAGAUCUUAUCAUGAGCUGGAUGCAGGAUGCUGGAUUGAAAACCUGGGUGGACCAAAUGGGCAACCUACAUGGUCGAACCGACACAGUUAAUGCAACUGCAGAGACGUUAUUAAUUGGAUCUCAUUUGGACACUGUUGUUGAUGCUGGAAAGUAUGAUGGGUCAUUGGGUAUAAUUUGUGCAAUCUCUGCUUUGAAGGUUUUGAGGAUUAAAGGGAAGUUGGAGAAACUUUAUAGGCCAGUAGAGGUUAUUGCAUUCAGCGAUGAGGAGGGUGUUAGGUUUCAAUCUACCUUUCUAGGAAGUGCUGCUAUAGCUGGUAUUCUACCUCCAACAGCAUUACAAAUAUCUGAUAAGAGUGGCAUUACAGUGCAAGAUGUUCUUAGAGAAAAUUCUUUUGAGGCUACUGAUGAAAGCCUUGUUUGGGUCAAGUAUAACCCAAAAUCAGUCUGGGGUUAUGUUGAGGUGCACAUUGAACAAGGACCUGUACUGGAAACACUUGGUUAUCCCCUUGGUGUUGUGAAAGGGAUUGCUGGACAGACAAGAUUAAAGGUUGAAGUAAGUGGGGCCCAGGGGCAUGCUGGCACAGUUCCAAUGUUAAUGCGCCAAGAUUCAAUGGCUGCUGCUGCUGAACUCAUUGUAACUUUGGAAACUCUAUGUAAAUAUCCUGAUAAGUUGUUCGCUUAUGAUGAACAAUGUGGAUUCUUCGAAAAGGAGUCUCUUGCAGGAUUGGUCUGCACAGUUGGAGAGAUAUCUUGCUGGCCAAGUGCAAGCAAUGUCAUUCCUGGCCAGGUAAAUUUUACUGUGGAUAUAAGAGCAAUAGAUGAUGAGGCAAGAAAAUCAGUAGUAUCUGAAUUUUCUAACCAGGUUUAUCGAAAAUGUGAGCAGCGGAUGGUUAAUUGUACCAUUAAGCAUAAGCAUGAUGCAGAGGCAGCCCACUGUGACUCGGAAUUAACUCUGCAGCUUAAACACGCAACGAGUUCAGCUCUGAGGAAGAUGCCAAGUGACAUUCAUGGUGACGUGCCUAUCCUAAUGAGUGGAGCAGGACAUGAUGCUAUGGCGAUGUCUCAUUUAACCAAGGUUGGCAUGUUGUUUGUUCGUUGUCGAGGAGGUAUUAGUCAUUCUCCUGAAGAAUCUGUAUUAGAUGAUGAUGUUUGGGCUGCUGGUCUCGCACUCCUCCAGUUUCUUGAUCAACAUGUAAAUCAGUAACGUGUCCCAUAUACUUUGAUAUACUUGUGAGAAUUAAUGUAUCGCAGACAAACAAAGGUUAAAGCAGUAACCAGUGGGUUUGCUCGCUGCUUGCAUGUCUUCAUGCUAAGCUGGAGCAUGUCAUACUGUGUUGAAAAUUAAAAAAAAAAAUUAUCUUAGAUAUGGGGAAAAAAA